CAGCAACGCAACGACGCCUAGCAGCUCGCUUUGCAACACCAGUCUAGCCGCCUUUCAAGCUCCAUCUGCAAACACGCUAUCCACCGUCACCAUGGCCAAAGACGACCAGUCUGUCAGCUUCUCCUCGCGUGAGAUGGAGGUCCUCGCUCUGGCGUGGCAGUGCAUGGAGACCGAACCGAAAAUCAACAUCGAGAAGCUCGCCGGCCUAGCCGGGUACACCAAGGGCAGCGCGGGCGUCAUCAUGGGAAACAUAAAGCGGAAGCUCAAGGUCCACGCCGCUUCUAUCCAGGGCAAUGACAACGGCGCCACCGUUACUCCGGCCGGCACGCCCAAGAAACCGACUGCCCCCAAGACUCCAAAGUCAAGCGCCAAGAAGCGCAACGCUGCCGGUCCCAACAAUGAGGAGCCCCCCACGAAGAAGAGCAAGAAGGCAGGAGGCAACAAGGCCCGCGCUGAGUCCGACGACGAGGAUGGAGAGUUCACCAACGUGCGUAUUAAGAAGGAGGAAGCUGGCGAGCUCGUCAGGGACCUAACUGACUACCUCGGUGAAGAAAGGCAUGGAGCGUACGAGGAGCGCGAUGGCGAUGUCAUCUGAAGUCUUCUCUGUCCUGCGUCCUUUUGGAAGG